AUGUCGAGACUGGCGCUCGCAAGAGAGAGAACUCACAGGAGCUGGUUCCGCCGCAGGGCCGGGGCUGGGGUUUCUUUAGCACAGAUCCAGGAACUUCUCGACAACCAGACGAAGCGGCUGCAGGCGAGCCAGCGUGCCGACAUGGCUGAGGCAGUCUCUAAGGCUAUGGCGGAGUCCGAGAAGAAGACACAUGAUGCGCCCCAGGAGAUCCGUACCGACUUGAAGAGAGAGUCGGGCCGCCGAGUGGAUGAAGUGAAAGCGAUCCAGAAGGAGCAACAGCAGAUGCAGACGGCACAGGAUGACGUUUUCUCAGACGACGGGGCCCCGAGAAAGCCGGCUGUCAUUUUCGGUGGCUGGAAGACAACAGUGUCGCGAACGAAGCUCUUGAAGGAGUUGGGGGAGGUCAUCGACAAAAGCACUGCUCGUGAGUGGUUGGAUGAGCUUCCGUGGACCCCAGGGCCCCGCAAGGGGAUCGCUUUGGCGAGCUUUGUGGAGAGGCAGUCGGAAGGGCCCGAUGAUGUCAAGCACCGGAUGCAGGAAGUGGUCAACCUCAUCAACCGACCUGGUCUGAGCGCUCCAGG